UGAGAUGGCGUGCUAGUACUGUCAGAUGUGUGUUAUGAUUAUUUCGAUGUAUUAAAAAAUACGUAUAAUUUGAUAGGUUUCACUUAUAUCUUAAAGUUAAUCGUAUCAAUACCUUGUUAAAACGAAAGAAAUUGUAAAUUUAUCGGAGCUUCGGAUAGUAUUGUUAUGGAAACCGAGACACGGUCAGAUUUAUACGAAGAGUGGAAAAGACGGGCAUUCCUUGGCCCACUUCCUCAAGGGUUCCUACGAUUAGAAGAGCGCAAUGCUCAACAACAACAGGAGGCAGCAGAUCAACAAGCAGCUCUAGCGCUGCACCAGUUGCAAAUGCAAAAUAUGCCAGCAAUGCAUGAAGCUCAUGUUGGUAGACUUAGUGUAACAAUUGUUCAGGCAAGACUAGUGAAAAACUAUGGAAUGACAAGGAUGGACCCAUAUGUGAGAUUAAGAGUAGGUCAUGCAGUAUAUGAAACACAUACAUGUUCAAAUGGAGCAAGAAAUCCACAUUGGAACAAAGUUAUUCAAUCCUAUUUGCCACCAGGAGUGACACAAAUAUAUGUGGAAAUUUAUGAUGAAUGUUCUUUUGUAAUGGAUGAAUUAAUUGCAUGGGGUCACAUAGAAAUUCCACCACAAGUUCUCCAAAAAGGAGAGACUCACGAAGAUUGGUAUAUACUUAGUGGAAAACAAGGGGAGAAUCAAGAGGGAAUGAUAAAUUUAGUGUUUAGUUAUACGGUAAAAAUGACUAAAUGCCAUCCAUAUAUGAGUGCACCUCCAGUUAUGAUGGUUCCUUCUUCAACAAUGUUUGGUAUGACACAAUAUGCACCAGUAAAUGUUUAUACAGCACCACCUACGGCUGUAGUGCCACCUGUUGUUCCCAGUACUCUGCCAAAUGCAGAAGUUGAAUUAAAACAGAUUUCUGAAAUGUUCCCGAACAUGGACAAAGACGUAAUUAAAUCAGUUUACGACGCAAACCACGGGAAAAAGGAUAUAACUAUAAAUUCAUUGCUCCAAAUGUGUGAAUAAGUAACUUUCUAUGCGAAUCGCUAUGUAAUUCCAAAGGCCAUAUUUGUAUUUUCUGCUAUGCUGUAUUCCUUUUAAAAUGUAAUAUAUUUGCAAAUUAUUGCCAUGCAUUUUAUGGUAUUUUAACGUCAAGUGACUUUAAAAUAAGACAAAAAUCAUAGAACAUAUUAGGCGGGGAAAAAUAUUUUCUAAGAAAAAAAAGUAUCUCUCUUGAUGUAACAUUAUAUGUAUAUAUACCUACAGCCGGGGACAGAAAUAUGUAGACACCUUUCAAAGAAUAACUUUUUUUAGAAUUGGACCAAACGACUUGAGUUUUGUUAGGAAGUUAGAAGGAUUUACUACAUGACGUGUAAACAAAUUUUUUUUAAAUUGCAAUUAAUCGAAAUCGCCAAGAAAAUAACGAUGGUCGCUUUUUAUAACUUUUUUAUCCGAGCCCGUAAUGAAUACUUAAAAAAUACGUUUUGUAUAUUUAUACCAGGUAUAUACAUGUUAAAAAUUUCGUCGAAAUCGGUUGAUGCAGAAACAAGCAAUAGGUAUCGAAAGAUGUAAGAAUCUUUAGAUUUAUUACAAUUAUAGGCCGAAAGUCGCGAAAAACUGCAAUUUUCACCAUCUUUAACCGUUUGUAGCUUGUAGCAACGUGAACAUAUGAUGUCUAUAUUUAUUUGACCUUGCGAUGACCUUGAAAAGUUUUAUGAAGGUUACGUUUAAAUUUUUAAAUAGAAGUCUAUAAUUUUUGUUACAUAUUCUCGUAGCUGACGUCAAAACUUUUUCAACACACUACCUACACGUGCAUUUUGCACUAGCCAAUGUUGAGCCAUGGCUUAUAAUAUAUAUAAUAUAUGUAACAUCAAA